CGGUGUGGAGCUUCAAUAGCGCAGAGCAGCGUCUACAGCAAAGUACUCCUCCUCACAGACUACCGUAGUGUUGUAAGUGUGUGUGUUUACCGGACCGAACGACAGACAUGGCAGAAGUCGCACCAGCACCCGCCGCCGCCGCGCCGGCCAAGGCACCCAAGAAGAAGGCAGCAGCCAAGCCCAAGAAAGCGGGACCCAGCGUAGGCGAGCUCAUCGUCAAGGCGGUGUCCGCCUCCAAGGAGAGGAGCGGCGUGUCCCUGGCCGCGCUCAAGAAGUCUCUGGCGGCAGGCGGCUACGACGUGGAGAAGAACAACUCCCGUGUCAAGAUCGCCGUCAAGAGCCUCGUCACCAAGGGCACCCUGGUCCAGACCAAGGGCACCGGUGCCUCCGGCUCCUUCAAGCUCAACAAGAAGGCCGUCGAGGCAAAGAAGCCCGCCAAGAAAGCCGCAGCCCCCAAAGCUAAGAAGGUGGCCGCCAAGAAGCCCGCCGCCGCCAAGAAGCCCAAGAAGGUAGCAGCCAAGAAGGCCGUGGCCGCAAAGAAGUCCCCCAAGAAGGCCAAGAAGCCCGCUACACCCAAAAAGGCCGCCAAGAGCCCAAAGAAGGUGAAGAAGCCCGCCGCAGCGGCCAAGAAAGCGGCCAAGAGCCCCAAGAAGGCUACCAAGGCAGCGAAGCCCAAAGCCGCCAAACCCAAGGCAGCCAAGGCCAAGAAGGCAGCCCCCAAGAAGAAGUAAACCUAUUCCAAACAGUGUUCUUUCUACUCGACACAUGUUGUUACCACAAAAGGCUCUUUUAAGAGCCACCCACCUCUUUCCAUAAAAGCGCAUGUCAUUCCAUGUACGUCCUACCUACCUGUGGUGCAAAAGAAAUGAAAUGAAUGACUUUUACGCACCACAUGUUCGAGUGGCUAAAUGGCUUUACAUUUGUCACUCAAGAGUGCAGCACCCUCAGCAAUCAACAUUGUUGUGAUAUGUGUUAGAAUUCGCAUGUCACAUUCAUCCUGAUAAUAAGAGGAAUACACACUAUCUAUAGUGGGUUGGACAGCAGCCAUUUGUAUUAUGAGCCACUCUCGAAUUGAUUGAUACAUGUUUCAGUGAUUUGAGUUGUCACUUUGGCGCUCCCGCCAA